GAUUAGGUACAACAUUUACAGCUAAUGUUGCAAAAUAUUCGUUUCUGUUGUUUCAUUCUUUUGGCUUGUCGUGUUCACUUUUCAAUUCCAUCAAUUCGUCUGCGGCGUCUGAUCGUAUACGUAAUUAUUUGAUUUCUCGUUGCUAUUACGUAUUUUGUUGAAUUCUCUUAGCAAAUGUCCACAAAUCGUAUUGUUCGGGUGAUUUUAGUAUUAUUCGCGUGAGUAAUUGUGUGAGAAAUGAUGCGUGUUUCAAUAGUAAUAUUCUUAAUUUGCAGUUUGGCCGAGGUAAUACACGGCGUUGAUUUGGAAUACAAAACCUUCCGUUGUCGAAAUGGAACGUACAUCAGAAAUCAAUUAGUUUGUGAUGGAAAAAUAGACUGUGUUGGUAGUGAUAACUGGGAUUGGGAAGUUGGAAGUGAUGAACACGUAUCUUGUGAUCAAGCAAAAUGUGGCGCAGGGAAGUUCAAAUGCGGAAUUUCGAAUCAUUAUUGGCAUGAAUGCAAGAAUGCUACAGUUCGAUGUAAUACCCUUCAUGAUUGUUUGAAUACCCUUGAUGAAAGCAACUGCGGUGAUGAAAUCAACGUGAAAGAUUGCUCAUUGGGCAAAAGAAAAUAUUUAUGUGAUGAUGGAUUAAGAUGUUUGGAUUUCAAUCUCACUUGUGACGGUUUCUGUAAUUGCAUCGACUGUUCUGAUGAAAAAAGCGGCUGCUUAAAUGACGGAUAUUUGAACGUUAAUACUUCUGAAAUAGCGUGUUUCAAGACUCCUAAUGGACCGUUGUGUUGUUCAGAAUUCGAUUCUUUAUGUCAAGAAUGCGACUCAAAAAAUGAUAUUUGUGAUCACAAAUGCGUUCAGUUCGUCAAUAACACCGGAUGUUUUUGUGAUGAAAAUUAUGUCGGAGGAUUUGGCGAUGUCAGGAAUUCCAAAUGUUGGCCGAAGAAUAACAUGGUAAAAGGAGUUACGCUGUUGUACUGGACAAAUCGUAAAUUCAGAUCAAUGAAUGUUUUCACCCAUACGGAUUAUGUUACAAAAGAAUUGACGUACGAAUGUACUGCUUCAUCUGCCGCCCAUGAUUACACGUAUUAUGCUAUCGAUGAAAAUCUUGGAAGCGAUCGCGUUUAUUCCAAUUAUUUUUUUGAUGAUUCGUCCCCCAAGAAUAAACGAAUUUUCAAAAUGUCAGCGAUUUCUAACGAUGAGCCACAAGAAGUCAUCAAGUCUGGUAAUUUAAUUAGUGAACUCACUACCUACUUAAUCUCUUCUAGGUACCUAGUUAUAACUUCUUGAAAAAUUUUGAAUGGUUUUAACUCCCACUUUUGAACAUGAUAAAAAAUUGUAUCCCUGGCUGUUGAUUGGAUAACGAAUAAUAUUUAUUAUUUAUUAUUCAACAUCGUCGUCUCUAUCAGUUUGUUCAAAUGACGGUAAAAUUUGCAAACAGCUCAAAUCCGGUGAUAUAAGAUUUGUUACGUUGGCUCCAAGAUUUGGGUUAAUGUUUUGGGUUGGCCCGAAUUAUGCCACUGGACGUUCCUAUUUGGCGAAGUCUUCGAUGGAUGGAUCCGAUGAAAAUUAUUUCAAUGACGUUGAUUCUUGUAAAAUGAUGGUGGCGGAUGAAUUAACUGAGAGAUUAUAUUUCUAUUCAAGUGGAUUUGAAUUUGGAUCAUACGGUUCACAUUUACGAUCUGUAACUUUUAAAGGAGAUCAGAUGAAGAUUUGGAAAGUCGGUUCUGAUGUGCACUUCGGCACUGUUUUCGAAAAUGAAAUUUUCUUCAUCAGUAAUGAUCAAAAUAGAAUUUCCAGCAUGAAUUUGAAAACUAAAAUAGUUUCGCAGCGAGUUACCAUGGAAAAAAGUUUGUACUCGAAUGAUAUCAUAAAUAAAUUGCACGUGUAUAACCCUCUGCUUCAACGAACCCAGAUUCCGAAUCCUUGUCCAGCGUCGUGCUCUGGGUUAUGUUUGCUGCGCCCGUCUUCAUCUAAAGGUUUUUUAAAUUACACUUGUUCGAAUGAUUCUAUCAGUUUUGGCGUUUCAGUGUUUAUUAUCAUUUUAGUGGGUGGUCUUAUUUUCGCUGGUGUUUAUUUAUACCUUAAAGUUUAUAAGCGAAAUUCUUUGAAAUUUUGUUGUAAAUAAUAAUCCGCUGGUAGGUAUAUACUUACUUCAAUCCGAAAAAAAAUCAGGGAAUAUUAAAAGGUAACUUAAAGAUAGGACGAGUUUUUUGUCAGUUAGAAGCUAUAGUUCUCCGUUCAGUUUUCAGUUGCUUGUAAAAGGAAGAAAUAGCUCAAGGUUUUAUUAGUUAUUCGGUUUUGUUUAGUUUUUACUAUUAUUUUUAAGAUUAAGAAUUUUUUUGUAAAUAUUAUUAUUCCAGUGCAGUUUUUUUUAUUAAAUACUCAUACUUUU